GUUUACUUCUUAUGGAUUUGCCCCUCUCAUCGUCAUUUCGAAUGGUUUAUCGAUGCACUAAGGGACGUCGAGAGAAGAGAUGUCACCGGUGUCUUGGAAAUUCAUAUUUUCAUUACGCAGUUUUUUCAUAAAUUUGAUCUCAGAACGACUAUGCUGUAUAUUUGCGAAAAUCAUUUUCAAAGAAUAUCUAACAGAAGUAUGUUCACCGGAUUAAAAGCGAUCAACCAUUUCGGAAGACCCGAUAUGACGUCAUUUUUGAAUUUCGUACAGCAACGGCACUUAUACGUGAGUAAGAUCGGAGUAUUCAGUUGCGGUCCUUCGUCUCUAACGAAAAGUAUCAGUAGAGCGUGUGAAACUGUCAAUAAAAGACGGAAAUUACCGUAUUUUAUACAUCAUUACGAAAACUUUUAAGAAACGAAGCUUAAUUCGUCGUUUGUUUCCCGAAAUCUUAAAAACUGAAUUCAUUUUCCAACGCAAUUAAUCCUUCCCUUACGGUUUACUGAACUCAAUUUUGUAUAUACGAGUGUAAAUGCGUCGAUCAACUUAAUAAACAUGUAUAUAUAUUUUUUA